AUGUCGACCGAGGAGAAGAAUCUCACGGUCAUGACCGUCGCGCAGCUCAUGGCGCUUUGUCGGGAGCACAAGCUCACUGGGUAUUCCAAGCUCAAGAAAGGAGCCCUUGUAUCAAAGCUACAAGAUCACUAUCGUUCCACAAAUUCAUCUCAGAGCACUGCAUUGAUCCAUCCGUCCGUCGAGCCACAACCUACUCCGAGCGUUGUGAGGAAACCAAAAGCAAAGAAAGUCCCUGAAGCUGGACAGCCAAAGAAGGAUAAAGGGGAAUCGAAUGAACCCCCGAGGAAGAAAAAGGACAAGCCACUGAAGGGGAUCGAGGCAACUAUCGCUGGGCCAUCAAAGAUGAACAGCACAGCAGUUAAUGCAAAUAUUACACCCCCUUUUGAACGACUAGACGUGCGCAAGCUAGCUUCGAACACAAUCCCAACACGCAACACCGUUUCGAUGCCACCCCCAACCUCUUUGCCCAAUAACCCAUUGAAUCUUAAACGUGCCGGAGACAGUCUGGUUCAGCGAAUCGCCAGCAAGAAACCUCGAUUGGAAACGGAGCUUCAGAAUGCAAAAACCAAGCAACAAUUACCUCUCUCUUCUUCAUCCAGGGUAUCCGAUACCCAAUCCAAGACGUUGCAAAAGGUCCCACAGAAGCACUUUACACCACUAGUUCCUGUCAAGUCUGUGCGCAAUCGAACAUCAAUGACGAGCUCUGAGAAACCGUAUGCGAAAACGAUUCCGCCGCAGGCAUGCUACGAGCGUUCAUAA